GUUUAUAACAUGGAGAAUUACAAGCGACCGUUUGGUUAUUGUAAGUAAAGUACAUUAUAACUGUUUGCUUGCUUAAUGUUUAGCGCUAUUUACAGCUAAUAGACUGUUCCUUGAAAGUGCGUAAUUGGGUCGAGAAGAGGCCGACUGUUUGAGAUAGGAAAUAAUAUCUGGCGUGCGAUUGUGGUCGCUCUACAGAACCAACAAAGGGAACAAUGCCAAUUGAUUUUUCUAGAUUAUAAAUAUAAGGUGUCGCUCAAAUGUUUCUCUGAAUUUCGGGCGUCCUAUAAGGACUAUAAGCGGACAUCAAGAUUCUUUUGCUGGUUAUAACCGCACAAACUACAAUUCCAAUAAACCCAUGUAGUUAAUUAUAAGUAUAUAUAUAUAGGUAUGCAGAAUUUUAUUAUAUUUCUCCUUGGCUUUUAUAUAUAUAGUUCUAUGAUAUUUUUUGUGUUAAUUUGUUUCAAAUCCGGUGUGUCAUAUUUACAUUGACUGGCGGUUGAUUUUAGUUCAAUCUAGCUCCUUGUUGGGUAGUUUCAAACUUACAAAAUAACUCAAGUCUAGACAAGCUAAUGAUGUUUAUAGAAUUUAUAUUUAGAGCAAUUCAAAAAAUAUUUCGAAUUUUAUUUCACAUUAUGAAAAUCGUCCUAACCAGUUCGAAUCGUAUCAAUGUUUAAUUGUACACAUAGCUUUAAUGUUUUGCCGGAAUUACCCAUGACCCAAAUUAGUCCCUAAAUGUUGAAAAGUUGUUAAAACUGUUACUCAGCAGUUUGUUUUGACUUUUGUCCUGAUGCGGUUAAACGAUGUAUCUCAUUCAGUUUUGUAAACUAGUAAUUUAAUCCUCCAUAACUAAGAUACUAUGAAUUUAACAGCUCCUUCAUUAAUUUGCCUGUACAGACGCAUGUUGAUAUCACAGCCAGUAUAAUCAUUAGCACAUGUCACAGUGUAUCGCUACAGUAAUCUCUGUGGCUAUAGGUUUCUCAGAUCUGAACUGACUCGAGAUAGAUCAAGGCUAGAAACGUUUUUCUGCUGGGGUCUACACCGUAGGCUAGAUCGAGGCCAAUUAACCCGAUAUUGUUGUUGAAAAUAUAGACUUGCGUAGCUGGCGAUUUUGAAGCUAGGAGCUCGAUCGGGUUGAGAUGCGGGACCCGGGAUGCGCGAUUUAGGGAGGCGCGAGGCGCCAACCCGAACCCUAAAACCGCAACGCAGGCUAUGUAUGGAGAAUAUUACAAGGUCAAUAGAAAUGUGAUUAAUAUUUCAGGCCAGUUUUAGACGGCAUACUUUCUUGUGCCGAAGUGAAUGCUCAUUUGGUUCGACCUUACUGCAUUCACAGCGAACCAAUUUAUUAAGUUGUAUGUCGAAAAAGUUUGCAUGAAUAGUAAAAAUAGUUCAGUCCGACACAUGAAAUUAGCAAGCUGUUUUACUGCUGAUCUAAAUACAUUAUAAUAAGUACGACUAACUCGAUCGAAGUUAAUUGCAAGCCGGUCGAACCAAAUUCAAACUGCCGUGCCAAUUGGAUUUAGACGGCUUAUCGUGAUAAAAAUACCAAUUUGGCUACUCACUUCCCGACGAAGCUAGUGUUCGAAAUGUUACAGGUAGUUGCAUUUCUACCAACCGAAGUUUUGUUACUAAUUUUUUCAGUAUUUAGUUCGGUACAAUGUUAUGAAAAGUAGCCGUCUAAAACUGCAGCGCCUUACCGGCCCUUACCCUUUUUCCUACUGUGAUUUACAAUGUAAGACGUUCGAAAUGCUAAUUUAUGUCGCGGUUGAAUAUCGCUCCUCUAUACUCUCUGUGAUGCAAGCAUGUAUUGGAAUACCUUCAGUGAACUGUACUCCGUAAUCCGCUAAGAAUGUGGUGAACGUCGUAAGAAUAUUUUUGGUCUCAAGUUUGUCAAAAAACUGAUAAAAAUGCUCAGGCCUGAUCGUGAAAUUUUGUGUUCUUAUGGACGAAAAUAGUGUAUUUCACGUUCGCCGAGCACUUCCACAAUCCAUGCACAUCGUCAGACGUUGGACGAAAUCAGUCGGUUUAUUGCUGUGGAAGGGAAACAAUAAAUGAGAUUUUUAUCAUUAAUCUCUUGCUGCCAAGGUUUUCCUAAUCUCUUCCCAUUUUAUAGUGUGAGAAAAUCGUCAGGCUUUGUUUGGAGCAGGCAAAGGAAACCUAAUUAACUAUAUUUAUAAAGUAUAUUUUUAAAUGACUCGAUAGCUCUAUCAGUUGUAAACUGUUUUCUGUGACUGUGUAUAUAGGCAUUCAAUUUUACUGCAAUAAACGGUGGUAAUCCUCGGCAGAGCCACAGGUGAAAGUUAUACACUAUAAAGCACUUCUAUUGCGGAACUGCGAAGCUGGGGAGUGGGGCAUGGCUUCUCUACUUUUUAGCUGAGUAAAAGAAAAAAGGUAAUUCAUUUCAAUAGUUAACAUAAUCUGACCACAACAGGCUUCGUUCAUUCACGUCCAAACACACUCCACGUGAUUACAGUCUGCUAUUAUUUAUUAAGUACCAGAAACCUCUUUUUGGUACCCUAGUGACCAGUAGCUGUGUUUACCAUGAUGUUUUAGUUACUGGGAAAACUAUAAAAAUAUCAUUUACCGCCGUGAAAGACAAAUAUUUGCCCUUCCAAAAAAUGCACCAGAACAGUGCCAGUGGGAAUCAUGGAAUGUUGUAGUUAUUAGCGCGUGGGCGAUAAAAUAUACUAUCCUUUAUAGUGGUUUGAAUAAAAUGACCUUCGCAUUAAUGAAGGCUAACUGAAGGGGACAUCCCCUGCCAAUCUGAUGUGGGUGUAUGUAAAAUCGAUUCGAUUCUCAUGGUAACUUUAGUAAUUACUAUACUAAUAAUUAUUAUCUUCUUUGUCUAAAAAAUGAAGUAUCGUGAUUUCAGUUGAACGAUACUUAGUUUUUUACAUAUUAAGUAAACCAACAAUUAAAGAUCAGACAGAUCACGAGUUUUAUUCUACUCCAAUUUCUCGACAUUCUCCUACCAUUUACCCUACCGACAAGUUUUGAUGUUUUCCAGGGGGGUCAGGGCAGUCGAAAGCUUGCCCGAAUUUUUAUGGAAGAUUGCCAGUAAUGAAAUAACCAGAAUUUAACAUAUUUUCUGAUAGAUCUGCCUGGAAUUAAGCUUGACUUUCGGUCUAGUAUUUGCCCAAAUUCCCAUGGUUUCCCAACGUGUUUUUUUUUGUGUUUUUUGUUUUUGUUUUUUUUGUUUGUUUUUUUGGGGGCAAUUUGAGUUCUACUGUGUAAUUCAAGUACACAACUCACAACGUGUGCCGACUCUCUGCAUGAGUUUGUCAGAGUAACCGAGUCAAAUCCGAGUCCGAGUCAAACCGAGCCCGAGUCAAAUGUCCGAGUCAUUGCUUAAAUUAAUCGAUGGUCUUUGCAGUUCAAUGACUUAGUACCCUAAUCCUAACCAUAAUCCCACUCCUAACUUACCCUAACCCUAUUCAACUGUGAAUUUUAUUCAAUUUCGGAGCUUGUCGGUUACUGACCGACUCAAAUCCGAGUUCGAGUCAAAUGUCCAGUCACUGUUUAACUGUCUUUGUCGGUAAAAUGACUUAGUACCCUAACCCUAAACCUACUCCUAACCCUAUUCGAUUGUGAAUUUUCUUCACUUUCCUCUUUUUUUUACGCGAGUCGGGCGUUUCACUCGGGCUCGGGACUGACUCGGAUUUGACUCGGGAAAUGGAUUUACUCCUCUCUGCAUGUGUGCGACUCGUCAACUUCAAAUGCCUAUAUUAUUAUAAGGCUAUACAGAUCGAAUGGUUUUCCAUAUGUCGCGAGACUUUCGGAAAGCGUAAAAAUACUCGAGCCGCAGGGGAGUGUAAAUUUACGCUUUCCGUUGAAAGUCGAGCAACAUCCCAAGUGAAUAGUGGAUCACGCUAUCCUGCUUGGAAAACCAUUUGGUAAUUGUUUUAUAAAAUAACUACAGUGAAACAAUGACAUUUUGAGAAUUCCUCGUGUAGGAUAGCCUGAUCCUACACGGCUAUUGACCAAUCAAAUCAAGUUGCGUGUUUCACUGUAGUUAUUAUUAUAAAGUGCUUUCAUCGAAUUUCAUUACCGUGCGCAAACUAGUUUACAACAAACUUUCCAACACUUCAAAAAAAUAUUCUUCUCAAAAAUCUUCUCUGGAUCAACUGAACUUUUUCUACAGUUUUAUAGACAAAAUAACAGGUAAAUAUUAACCUAGAAUUUUACUUAUCGACAGGGUUAGCAGCUUUCUUCACUCUUCAGUUUUUUUUUACCACAUAAGACUUUAGUCUUUAUACAUGAUUUGCAAUGGCUGAGGGUAAAUAUUUCCUAGUGACUACGCUACGUUUAACCUUUUUAAUUUUAAGGGGCUGCUUUAAGGAGUGGUUCCUGACUUCCUGUUGAAAGAUUUCGCCAACAGUAAGUUAAUUUCAAAAUUUUUGCGCUUUAAUCCAUUCCGGACUCUAAUUAAUUAAAUAGCUCCACUGAUACAUUAUCAAAUUUUUUAACAGUUUCAAAAGCGUGAAGUAUUUUAUAAACCAUCAUUUUAGAGACAUUAGGACUGCUAAACACAAACGAUACUUCGAUCAAAUCGUAUUUUGAAGUCAAUUGUUAACUGUUCGAAGUUGGGGGCAAUUUAUACAUUAAACCUGACGCAUGAAUUAGCCAUGUCGACAACUUGUAGAUAUAUCUUCAAAUGCGAUUUGAAGUUCUUCAGAUGCGAUUUGAAGUUUGCCGUUUUCACUUAGGGAUCCGCCGUGAACAUCAAUCACAAUAUAAAUUGUGAAAAUAAAAAAGACUUAAAGACUCUUAAAGACUCCGUGUGCGCAUUAAAAACAUACUCCGGAAAACCGUCAAUAUCAACGAUGUCGAUGCUGAGACAGUGAGACCUGACACUGGGUACUUGACUCUGACACUCUGUGUCGGUAAUUCCGAUGGAAAUCAGUUAAGUUCUCAGACGGAAAAUAGCUGAAACGAAUCAAUUCUCGUUCUUAAUUCUCAAUCUUUUCCUCCGAUUUUUCAAUUGUGAGAUUGACGCCCGUAUUCUAAAAGCUCACUCACACUCAAUGAGUGGAGGUUCAAUCUGAGCUUCUCCGCUUGAGUGUCAAUGCUGUGUUUGAAUAGCUGGAGGGUGAGUAGUCACAUAGCCGAAGGUAUGAUCAUCACUAGCCCUCCUGCUAUUAAAAACAACAAUGACACUCGAGAGAAGCUCAGAUUGAACUUCCACUCAUUGAAUGCGAGUGAGCUUUUAGAAUACGGGCGAUAGUCUGGCUUUGAGCUUGCUAACGAGGUAAAAAGAGUAUUAAUUAACAGCAACAUGUAUUGUAAAAGAUUAAACCUCGGAUUAAAUUUAAGCUUAUUAAUCCGUCACAUAUUAAACUUAAGUUACUUAAAAGUAAUUGCUUUAGGGCUAGGCUGCUGAAUUAUUGCAGGGAGUAUUACAUAAAACAUAUACAACAUGUAGAAAAGCUUGAUUUCGUAAAAUUCCUGGUUUACACUAUAAAAAGUUUCUGUGAUCACAGUAUAGGAACUUUGCAUAGAUAAAUUCACAUAGAUAUGAUCACAUAAACUUUCACUGUCACUGGACCUCUAUGGUGAACAGUUCAGAACUGAUAUAGGAUAAAUAGAGCUAUGCUAUAAAUAAAAUUCGUUAAUUUAACUUGGGUUCAAGUCAAUAAUGGUGUGAUGGACACCAACCGAGAGACCUUGUUUGACAUUACUAUGAUGUCACAAUGACGUCAUUCCACUCGAAAUCCAUCACUGAGUGAUUUUACACAAUGCAUGAAAUACUUAUAGGCGUCAUUGUAAUUAGUGUACAUCGUCCAUUUACGACAAUUAUUCACUUAAGAAUUCUAAAAUAUAAGAAAAUAAUAUUUACCGUUACUUAGGGAUCGACUACAAGUGGAAUUUUCAGUCCAGGUUGAGAAUUGAGCUACCGGAUAAAAUUGGCAGUGUUUAGUAGAGUUACUGUAAACAUAGCCAUCAAUAUAUGAACAUAUCAUUCAUACGAUAGUUCGGGAACUACACAGAAGUCAUUGACUUAUGUUUUUGUCUGAGUUCAUGUUAAUUUGUGCACAGUUCAUGUUAAUUUGUUCAUUGUGAGGUGAAACGUGCAAAGGUCUUCUAUUUUUGGCUUUGAAGCAUGUCUAAUCAAACAACUUAACUGCUUCCAACGCCUAAACUUUGCAGGAAAAAAAUUGCGGGAUCUCAGCUAGCGAUAAUCUCCCAGACUGACUCCACCCUACAGACGUAAAAACGCACAAGUUGUUACAGGUCUGCAAACAAGUUGUUAUACAAAUCUGUUCACAAGCUGUCGACAAGUUGUGUUCGCACUGCUUGUUCCAAGUUGUUGUAACAAGUUUGUAACAAGCUGUUAACAACUUGCAACAAGUUUGAUGUGAUUAUCAGACUUGUUUAACAAGGUCGUUCCAACAAGUCUGAUGCAGUCAUUAUUAUCAAUAACAAGAAUGUCACAAGGUUGACGACACAAGGUUGUAACAAUAUUAUAUCAUGACUGUAUCGGAUUUGUUGAAACAACCUUGCAAUAAGUCUGAUAAUCUAUCAACAAGGUUGUUACAAGUUGUUAACAGCUUGUUUCAAAUAACGCGGAUUAGAACACAAAAGGACGAGGGUCCAUAUCAUACAAUUUACAUUUUGAAUGCACUCCAGAAUUUUAUUUUAUCAUUUUUACAUACAUAUAGUUCAGCAAUAAUAAACUUAAAUAUCUUUGUACAACAAGUCAUAUUUUGGGAUGUUUUUUGGAUCAAUUGGACAAGUCACGAUUAGCUUUCCCCUCAUAGCACCACGAUAUAUGACUUCGACCAAGUCGAUAAAAUCUUGCUUGGUCUUGAAGCUUCCAAUGAAUUUUGUGUGGUCUGGCGUGCUGAAAAUAGACAAUGUGAAAAAAUAGGUACACUUUUGUGUACAUUUUUAUGCAAUAUUGGGUCGUUCCAUUCCACAAAAGAUCCACACUCCCCCAAGGUUGAAAUUUCUGCCAACCAGAAGGGGAGGGAGAAAAAUUUGUUUCUGGUAAUAGUGUAUUAAGGAAUCUGAAGGGGGUGGGGGAAUUGACUUCCAAUUUCCUUCUGCAGAGGAGGUACAGAUGUUUUCUGGAAUGACCCAUUUCACAUUUCUUAACAAAUGAUGUUGAUUCUUUUCAUUAUAUGUAGACGUUUUGUGUCGAUCUAGAGGUAAAUGAAUAAAUUGAAGAAAGAUGUAGUUUCAUUGAGUACACAUUUCUUUGAAGAACUUACCCAUAAUCAACUUUCAUAUGUUGGCCAUUAAAGAAAAAUAUUGUUGCUGGUGUAAGGGUAAUAUCAAAAUAUUUCACGUACACUGGAACACUGUCCGCAGGAAUGAUAUAAAUUUCAGCCAUAUUGGAAAGCGAUUGCUUCGUCUUGGCAAGCUAAAAUGAAUGAAAGUUGACCUAAUUAACCCAUUGAGUGGGAGCACUAUCACCAUGACGAGUAAAAUCGUCUGGCAUUAGACGGAGUAAAAUAAUGUGCAUUGCUAGUCAAAGGGUUAAAAGGAUAUGUGGGCAAGUUUCCUGACAGGAUGCGUGGGCAAAUAGUUAUAAUUAACCGAGUAGAAUGACAUCAUCUCGCUUGGGAGAAUGUGCGAUGUUUUCAUGUCAAGACAUUCAGCAAUGCGACCACAUUCCUAAUGUCAUGAAAUCAACAUUGUGGGAAUAGCAACAUCUGAUCGGUCCAUGAUAAAUUAUAUCGACAUAUCUAAAAAUAAUUUCACAUUUUAACAUUUGAAUGUUUUGACACUGAAACAUGACAUGUUUUUCGGGUGAGAGGAAGAAUCAACGAUUUUGGUAAUAACAAUCUGGUCCAGGUAGCAUCUCUAGUAUUUACCACUCACUAUAUCAUCAACUCUCAUGCAUUCCUGGUCACUCUCUCUACCAAAUCUCAACACUAAAACUUUAUCUUCUGUGCAUCUAAUUGCAUUGUCGACCUCUGUUUUCGACCCGAGCUUGCUUAGAACAUAGCUCAUGGCUACCUGGGAAAAUUACAACAUCAUUUGUACAUUAUAUUUGCAGUAAAACCACGAAAAAUUGCGGUUUUCAGGACGCCAUAUUGAAUUGUUAACCUGAGCUUUGGAGUGCAUUUCGCCGGGGGUUAAAUUCGUGGGGUUUAAAAUCACUUCCGCGAUUAAACUGACAUUCAAUUUUCAAAGAAAAUGUGUAUUUUCGUAAAUAUUAGUGAAGAAUUAUUACACCUAAGGUACAAGUUAGCUUUGAAUAAGGCUUCUAAAGUUUAUUUUAAUGGAAGAGGAACUGAAAAACCGGGAAAUUCUGUAUGAUACUAAUCCCCGGGUAUGUUUUCCCGCUGCUUAAGUCCGGUGCAUACUGGGUAAUAAUUUGCGAGUUCCUUGACCUACGUUCGGUUCAAGUUGAAGUUCGAAGGGCAGAAAUUACAAAUUUGAAUCGACACACGUUUAUCCGAACAUCGUGAACUUUUGGCGCAAUAAACAAACAAAAUCGGACAAGAAGCUGCGAACAGCAAUGACCGACACUACAAAUACACAGCCUGCAGAGUUAGGCGGUGAGUAUGUGUGGUUUUAUGGCUAAAAUAACGCUCGAUGCUGAACGUUCCAGAAUUCAAAACAACAGCACACCGUAUUAUAAAUGCAACUUAUGAAGAUUGCCCAGGCUACAGUUCCGUUUAUGUUGCCCCGCAAAUUUGAAGCAUGUGUGGAAACCUGUAAGGCCUUUGUAUGAAGGAAUGAAAGGCCUCGUUUUGCGCUGUUUUGCGAGGAAUUUCGAUUUAAUGCUCAACAGGAGAAAAUCGAUGUUUGUCGCAGUCAAAAUAUAUAGCGUGUAAUAUUUUAAAAUUUCGGCUUGCAAUUGUUACAAAUUCUGUAGGUUACCUUGACCCCUAAUGGGGAAAAUUCAAUUGUACCGAAUAAUCUUAAGAACGUACAAUACAGUAUGAUACAGCAUGCUACGGAAAUAAGUGGGUAUUAUUAUAUUUUAUAUAUUAUUGUACUUGGCUAGAAUAUACAAUAUUUCUGCACAGUAUAUAUUACCGUGGCUAUAUCGUAUUAAAAUUGCUAAAAUUAAAUCGGUUUAUAAUAUAAUAUAUUUAACGAAAUUUGUUUACGUUUUGUAAAAGUCUGUAAUGAAGCUAUUAAGUUCAGACAUAAUAGUUUAUGAAAGUAGAUAAAAUGCUAGUUUUUAUUUUGACGUGCAAAAUUAUGUAUAAAUGUCUGUUUAUUUUGUUCAUAUGUGCUUUCGGUUUUGAUAUUUAACACGAACGGAAAGGCGGAAAAGCGAUCUUGCUGAUCUUGGGAAGAGGUUUUUCUCGAGGAUUACAAUAUUUGUAAAGUAUAUGCAGUUUAGUUGGAACAGUUUUAAGAUGCACAAACCAAAAAAUAUAUGAUGAACUAUUAAAGACAAACAGAUUUCAUCGUGGUUCUCAAAUAAAAUUUGUCAUUGCUUUGUAUUUGCUGUGUGGGUUUGUUGUAAUAGCCUGUUAGUUUGUUCAGAAUCGUAAAUGUUAGGAUCUAUUCAGAAACGAGUAUGUCUUUGUGUUCCCGGUUCAGUUAUAAAAUUUUACAACAGAAUUUUUCCAGUUGAUCAGUGGUUUAAUGAAAUUUGUUUUCCUGCAAGAGAAUUGGAGACUUAUUAGACCAAGAGAGCAAUUUGCCACUCCCUAGCUUUGUUGAAAAUUGGGUCAUUCCAGAAAAAUCCAUACCUCCCCCAGGAAAUUGGAAGUUAACCCCCUCUACCCCCUUUGGAUGUCCUAAUUAUGACUUCUGACUAUUAUGAGAGACAAAUAUUUAUUGCCUUCCCCUCCGACCGCAGAAAUUUCCUUCCUUCGAGGGAGUGUGGAUCUUUUCUGGAACCACCCAUUUAAGGUUUAAUGCUGCAACCCUUGGUUAUAACUUAAUUUACUUGUUUCAGAUAACCAUGAAAUCCCGGCAUAUACACCUUCGGUUGGGACACCCGUCACCACACUCACACAGCACUUCUACCACCCUCGCCCCAUGCUUCCUGCGACAGCUUUUGCAUUUCCAGUAAACCUCCAAGCACAGCAACUAUCAUUCCCGAUGCACUACCCUAACCCAUAUUUCUACCCUAUCAUACCCUCGAACAAUGCAUCAAUUCCAUAUCAAAAAUCAUAUCCAUAUUACGAGUCAGUUAUUCAGUCCACAAUACCCGAGCCAACAGGAAGCAGUGAUCAAGAUGGUCCGAGUCCGGCAAAAAAAUCUAUGCCUGCAAUCGUAACCAAAGAAGAGACCAUGUCCCCCCUAUCGCCCCUAUCCCCAACUGGGCCUCCGGUAACGUCGCACCUAAACAUGUCCAACACCUCAGGGGGAAACCCUAGCACUUCAGGGAGCCACUUUAACUUCUCCCAAUCACCACACACUGUUAAUCAACCCAAAGUGGAGGUAAUGAGCGAGAGCGCGAAGGAACGUGCACCUUGCUUAGCAAUGACUUCGAGUCAUACAAGGCAAAUGAAUGUUGUAAUGUCGCCAAGUACACCUGUUACCCAAACCACUAGUCAUUCACCAACCGCUAUCGGCACGUUUGGAAGUUCGCCCACCUCGGACAAAGACCAAGAUUCAGUUCAAAGUGCCGACAAUCAACCGACGGUUUGCGUGAUUUGUGGCGACAAAGCGACAGGCAAUCAUUAUGGAGUAACGAGUUGCGAGGGGUGUAAGGGGUUUUUCAAACGAACUGUUCAAAACAAAAAAGUGUACACGUGUAGGAAUUUAUCGAAAGAUUGUCCAAUCGAUAAACGACAUAGAAACCGUUGCCAGUUUUGUCGCUAUCAGAAAUGCAUUGCUGCUGGUAUGCUAAAAGAAGGUAUGAACAUUAGACUUAAUUUCUGAUCAGCGUGUGUCUUAGUAUUAACUGUGUCAGCGUCUUUUUAGCAACAGUGGCGGAAAUCUUGGUGGGGCGGAAAUUGAUGAAUUUUCGGAAAUUUUGACCUAAAAGAGGGCUAAAAACAGUCUUUUCAAGUGCAAAUGGGGGGUGUGUGUAUUGGAAAUUUGAAAGUUUUGUUGUAAAUUUAGGAGGAUUUGCCCUCCCCCCCCCGGAAAAAGUGAAUUUCCGCCACUGUUUAGCAAAUACAGAUGUACCCUUGUAAAAUAUUGUACUUAACUUGAUAGAACCAGAGGCAUAGCCGCAGGGGGGAAUGGGCUGGGGGUCCGGACCGGACCAUGUUACUAAUGUAGACCAUGUUACUAUUAACUACAGAUUAGUUACUGUCGUUCCAAUUGAAGUGUUGCUGAAAUAUUGAUUCAAUACAUUACCUCGGGCUGGCCAAUUCAUUUGAUCAAGUUCCUCGAGAUAUUCAUGCACUUCCUGUGAAAGAGCCAAUUCCAAGUAUUUGAUCAUUUCUGGUCACUUCCUUUCUAUUUAUGAUUGGUUAGCUGCACAAACAACAAAGGUGAUUGGUGCAUUCAAACUAUGCAACAGGAAGUUUACAAUUAUACUAGGAAGUGUAUGAAUAUCUCGAGGAACUUGAUGAAAUGAAUUGGUCAGCCCGAGGUAAUGUAUUGAAUCAAUAUUUCAGCAACACUUCAAUUGGAACGACAGUAAUUACCGAUUGCUAAUUAGUUAUUUAUUGUGGUUUGUAUUUUAAACGUUUUCUAAUAUAAAAAGCACAUAUUCUCAUGCAAUUUGCAAAGACACAUUUUCUCAUAAAAUUUUCAAAACGUGAGACUCCAUUAUUUCAGAUCUGUACAAUUUGAAUUGCUUUAAAACUCGCUUGUGCACAUUUUCUCCAAAUCGGACUCAAAAGCCUUUCUGUUACAAAGCGUUACAAAUUAUUAGAUUUGUUUCUAAUUAGCGGUAAUUGUUACUUAGUAACUAAUUGUCACCCUGUUAGUCAAUUGACAAUUAACGCAUAAUGUGUUAAUUGCCUGUUUCAGCUGUUCGUGAAGACAGAACCCCAGGCGGUAAACACAAGAAUUCAAACCUGCUCAAAAUAAAAAUCCCUGCUUUGGAGGACAUUCCACAGGUGGUGCAGAUCGGUUAUUGGUCCAACCCACUUAUCGAGAAAUUCUUGGCCAUCAGCAACCUAACUAUCCCCCCACUCAACAAAGACGCUCGAAUAACCGAUGUGAAAGCACAAACUAUAAACUAUGUCGUCCAACUUGCCGACUGGCAAAUUGAAGAGGUGUUGGGCUGGUUUGAAAGACUUGAAUUUUUGGCCGAAAUCGGCGUGGAAGAUCGAAACGUUUUGGUGCAAAAUUCGCUAAUGGAGAUACUAGCGUUCGGAAUGGCUCGAAGGUCGAUGAACAUUGGCAAUAGUCUAUUGCUGGGCGACGGAGUUUUUUUGGACAUAGAGACGGCGAGCGUAGCUGGAAUUGGAGAAAUCGCGCAGAGAGUUUUGCAACUGUCGUCAAAGUUGAAUGAACUGAAGUUGGUCGAAGAAGAAUAUGUUUGUUUGACGAUCAUAGUGUUGUUGAAUCCAGGUUAGUGUUCGGCCUGUUUCAAACGUCGCAUUUUAUAAGUGUCGAAUUCAAAAGCUUGAAUUAUGUACCUGCAAAGUUGGAUGUCUGAAACAAUUAAGUUCGACGUUUCUAAUGGAUGAUUCUAGCUAUAUAUAGACUAAAUUUUGAUCUAGGCAAGAAGAACAAAGUCCAUCACCACAAGGCACAGCUAGAAAGAGCAUCGGUUAAAAUUAGUAAAAUUGCAAAGUUUCGCCGCGAAAUGUUGUAAAAUGCGGAAAAUAUACAUUAUAUGUUUAUGCGCAUGCAGAUUUAGCACAAAAAUACUCCGUUGGUCUGCAGGGAAUUUUUGUCUCCAGGUUGUGCUCCCAGGAAGAAAAUUCUUUUCCCCGCCCUGGCCAUGACUAGAAUUUUGAACUUUUUCUUUUCAAGACAUCAGAGGUUUACAGAAUCAAGAAUUGAUCGAGAGACUGCAAGAUCAAGUCCACACAAACAUGCAGGAGUACAUUACACAUCAUUAUCCUGGUCAACCCAACAGAUUUGGAAACGUCCUGUUGCGUUUGCCCGAACUUCGGUCGAUCAGUACGAAAAUCACCGAGCGUUUGUUCUUUUUAAAUGUCACUCAUGCAGACUAUUUCAACGUUAAUACGCGACUCAACGAGUUCUUAUAUACACCAAAAUGAGGAGAUGUGUAUAUGUACUAUAGCGUUCGGAGGUAUGUAAUAUCUGUGACAAAUCCACGUCUUUACAACUGCACACAUAAAAGUGUAACAUGUUUUCAACAAGAUGUGUUCGCAACGGACUUGUCAACAAGUUGUACUAUAACGAUAUUGAUAUUUUAUCAACUUGCUACAGGGUUGUCACUCACAACUUGUUAAUAAGUUGUUACUUGUUAGAUAACAAGUUGUGAUAGAACAAGUUGUUAAAACAACUUCGUAACACGCUUGUUGAGCAGUGGUGAAUCCAGCAAAGUUUUUUUUUUGGGGGGGGGGGUGCUAACCAAUGGCGAAACGAGCGCCGAAGGCGCGAGAUUUCUAGGGUGGUCCGGGGGCUUACUACCCCGGAAAAUUUUUUAAAUUUGGGUCUCUGAAAUGGCAUUUCCAACAUUCUGAGAAAACAUUCUGGAAAAUUUUUAGAUUCUCAAAAACAUUUAAAAAUUCAGAAUAUUUAAUAUGCCAUGGCUAUUCCGCUAUUGUCAACUAGUGAUGCGCAACUGAAUUCCUUAACAUAAGUUGGUUAGAAUUACGAUAAACGUCAUUUUUGCACCCCCCCAUGCACCCCUGUUGACAAGAGCCUGGGGGGUGCGCACCCCCCCUAAAUCCACCACUGUUGUUGAGUCAACAAAGUUGUAACAAGUUUAAGCUGUAGACAGUAUUGGUUCAAGUAUUCCAAAGUUAGGUUCGCUCCUAAGAGUGUUAACAUUUGUGACGAUGACUACUAUUCUUACAUUAAUACAGAUCUGUAGAUUUGAUAUCUGUGUUUUUGAUAAUGAUAGUAUAUAUAUAUGUGUAUUAUAAUUGCAGUGCUGGGUUGCACUUUAAACUAGACUUUUCAGAAGUCUCACACCCGUAUAGAUGGAUGCCUUGAAGCACCAAUGCACCAUCACGCAUGAGAUGGCGGUCGACCGGCAGAGAAAAUGAUGUAUUUUCAUGGUGGUGUGCAAGUUGUCAAUGGUUGUACGUCACCGUCUGGCUGUCGGAUGACAUUGACAAAGGAUUUUGCUUGUUUGCAAUGCAAAUAUCAUGGAACAUGGCGAAAAUCUCUUUGUCUUUUGAAUCCCAUGGGAUUGUUUGCACAUCACUUAUGCUGUAUGUAAUACAACUAUUUUUUGCUCAUAUACUGUAUCAUAAGUAUUGAAGUUGGCAACCACCUUUUUGCCUUGCGCUAUAAGCGAAAAUUGUUGUCCCGUAAGUAAAAGUGUAUUGAAAUAUUACGUACUCUAGAGAAUAAUUAUUGUCAAAAAUGUCUAUAAAAGUUUAUAUACCAAGAGCUAUGAUGAUUUGUAAUGUGUCCUAAGAGUUGUAUAUAGAUAAGAAAUAUAUAUGUAUUUUGUAUUUUAGCAAAUUUGAAUUACAAAUAUACAUUACAAAAUCAGC